UAUCAAAGAAGAGAGAUAUCUGAAUCCGAACAAAAUUUGAUAGUUUUGAUAAAAUGGCGGCUGAGGUGGCAGGUGCGGUUGUGAGCAAUGCUGAAAUAGUGAGAGGACAGACUUUUGAAGUGGGACCUAGGUACACAAAUCUGGCCUACAUUGGGGAAGGAGCUUACGGCAUGGUUGUAUCUGCAUAUGACAAUGUGACCAAGACUAAGGUGGCCAUCAAGAAGAUUUCACCAUUCGAGCACCAGACCUACUGCCAGAGGACGCUGAGGGAAAUCAAAAUCCUCACCAGGUUCAAACAUGAAAACAUUAUCGACAUCAGAGACAUAUUGCGAGCACCGACGAUUGACAUGAUGAAAGAUGUUUACAUCGUACAGUGUCUCAUGGAAACUGACCUCUAUAAGCUGCUAAAGACACAAAGGCUUAGUAAUGACCACAUCUGCUACUUCCUCUACCAGAUACUGCGUGGCCUCAAGUACAUCCACUCAGCCAACGUGCUUCACAGAGACCUCAAGCCCAGCAACCUGCUACUCAAUACCACUUGCGACCUCAAGAUCUGUGACUUUGGGCUGGCGAGGGUCGCUGACCCGGACCAUGAUCACACCGGGUUCCUCACAGAGUACGUCGCCACCAGGUGGUACAGGGCUCCAGAGAUCAUGCUUAACUCGAAGGGGUAUACCAAAUCAAUAGACAUCUGGAGUGUGGGCUGUAUACUGGCAGAGAUGCUGUCCAACCGACCGAUAUUCCCGGGGAAACACUAUCUUGACCAACUGAAUCACAUCCUGGGUGUGUUAGGAUCUCCGACUCAGGAGGACUUGGAAUGCAUCAUCAAUGAGAAGGCCAGAAGUUACCUGCAGUCCUUGCCGUUCAAGCCCAAGGUCCCGUGGACCAGACUUUACCCCAAUGCUGACUCCAAAGCCCUGGACCUGCUAGACAAGAUGCUGACAUUCAACCCUCACAACCGCAUAGUGGUAGAGGAUGCUCUCGCACACCCCUACCUGGAGCAGUACUACGACCCUGCUGAUGAGCCAGUGGCAGAGGAACCGUUCAGGUUUUCUAUGGAGUUGGACGACUUACCAAAGGAAACUUUAAAACAGUUCAUCUUCGAGGAGACUGUGACCUUCAAGCAGAGGGAUCAGAAUAUCUAGUGUGACUCAGGUCGCAAGAAGGUUCCAGUUGUCUGUUACAUUUCUUCUCACCUCCUCUUGUUCGCUGUGCCCACCACUGGACUCUAUGUGUAUAGUGUAAUUUUCCAUUGUUACGUUAUUUAGCCCCGGUCGGGCGACUUACGUUCCCCUCCCCUACCAUCACAACACGACCCACGUGAUUUCAAUGGCCUAAUUAAAACAAUAUAUAUCAGGAAAUCCACAUUAGCUGUUUAUUUUGUCUCGUUAUAACUUGGGUUUAGUGUGACAAAGGUUAGUUUUCCGUCGUACAUUCCUCAGUUGUUGUAGUAAAUUAGGGUUAGAUCGGUAGUGCUGUUAACAGUUUUUAAAGGUGCAUAAAAUUUUAACUUGAAAACAAUGCAUUUUGAAGCAAGUGGUUCCAAAUCUCGAUCGAUGUUCUACGUUUGUAUCAUACUUGAAAAUGUUCACUAGCCGAUCUUGCAAACGUUUAAGAAUCGCACUGUCAUUAAGUCUUGGGUUCUUGUUUAAGGCUUUACGAAGAAUAUCUGUGCAUGUUACUGCUUCGGUGAUUAGUGUAAUUGUUUUUGCCUUCCAUAGCAAAAAAAUAUUAAAUUUUUGCAUAAAGCUAACUUUACACUGUAAUAUUUAUAUUUUUAUAUCCGAUCGUUUUUAACUUGGAUUUUUUUUAAAUAUUAAAACGUGAAUCCUACACGGAUUUGGAAUCAGCUGCAGCCACCUAACGAUGAUAAGUAGGAAAAGUCAGUAUUUGUACAAAUGUGUAUAUUUAGGUGUAAAUUGUCCAGUUCUAGAACCGGACAUGAGACGAACAAAGCGAAGGCGGGGCUAUUUAUUUAUUAUUUACUCAUUAGAACAGAUGUGGAAAAAGUGUAGCAUACCGUUGAUUACUUAUCUAGGUUAUGUCUUGUGUUAGUCGUUUAGCGAGUGAUCAGAAAAAAUGUCUUCCUUUACUGUACAUGUUUAUUGUCCUAUCUGAAGAUUUUAAAGAAUAACGAAAAAAUGUAACAUUUACACAGUGUUAGACAGUAAACUAAUAAUUGAUGCAAAAUUCUUCAAAAACAAUCUGUUGCCUUUAUCAAAAAAAGCUGGAAUGACAGAGAAGGGAUUUAUUUUAUUUACGGAACAAAUUGUGUAGUAGAUACUGGAUUCAGUUGCACAUUUAGUUUAUCAUCAACCAUUGAUUUUUUUCAAUUACUAAUUUUUAAUUGAACAAAUGACAUUAGUGCACCCAUUGAAAUGUUGGGUAAUUGUGACUGGGAAAUGUUGUUUGUGACACGGAGUCGUCUUCAUUGUUCCAACACUCUGACUACGGAACGCUGCAGUGUUUGGUGCUGGCAUACACAACAUACACUGCUACUGUAACCUUUGACAGGGCACAUUUUAAUCUUUGCAUCACUUUACAAUGUCGGGUACGUUUUACUGGAUAUGUGAUUGGAAGACGCAGUUUUAUUAUUGUUUUUUUAUUGUCCAAUUUCAUCACCAAAUGUAACUAACUCUGCACUACAUUACAAUGUUGGCCAAGUUUUACUGGGAAAUGUUGUUGAAUAAUUAGUAUUAUAUUAUUAAAAUGUUAUGGUUAAAUUUAAUCUGUGUACCAUAUUACAAUUGUUUCCAUUGGGAGUUCAUAUUGAGUAUUGAAAUUAUUGAGUAUAUUGGAAUUACAUGUUGAUUACAAUUGUUAGCCAGUUGGUAUUACAAAAUUAAAUGUACGCCCUCCAUUGUGAUGUUGUCAUUUUUAUCGGAAAAUGAUUGUUGAAUAAUAGUAGGUGUUUUAUUGGUCAAUUUCAUCACAUAUUUAAUCUGUGCACCACAUUGCAAUGUUUGGUCACUUUUACGGGAAACUGUUGAAUAUUGUGUAAUUAAAUUAUGACUUUGAUUGUUGAUGUUAUUUAAAACAAAUUUAAUACCCAAACAAUCCAUUUUUUCACUAAAGUGUAUUUCUUGAUGAUUUUAUGAUUGAUUUAUUUGAAACGUAUUUAAUGGAAUUCUUGUAUGUUCACGGGAUGAAGUCAAAGAAUGGAAAAGCGAAUAAAUAAUUUUUUUAAUUCUUUCUUAAACAGUGUACGCAACGUGUUCUCUACGCGUGUUUUGUCUGUGUAUUUGACUUGUUACUGUCUAAUGUAGGAAUUUCUGCGAUGAUCACAUUUCAUGAGUAAUAAAAUAUUGAAACUUCUCAGUGUUCCUUAAUUUUUUGUAUUCUCACGUGACAACUGUGUCGGCUCUCGAAUCACGUAAUCUCGGUGUAGUUGAAUAUAAAAACCUUUGAUAAGUGUUGUAAGUUUUAUAAAUAAUAAAUAAGCAUUUAUUAAAUGUACAACACAGUCGACUUCUACCUUGUCCAUUAAAAAUGAAAUCAUAAAAUCAGCACUUUAUAAAAUGUUCAAUAGUGAAGUUAAUUAGACAUUAUGACUGUUCUCAAAAACUUUGCCUUCAUAAAAAUUGUUAUCAAUUGAUAUUUCACAUAAGUGCAUUGCUGUUGUCGUUUAUUAGAUUUACUGCAACAGUAGAGUUUUAGAGUCUGAUAAAUAGGUCAUCUUCUUGACAGCCAGCUGAUAUACCCAGUGCACUGUUGUUGUGUUGAUUUUUGGGUGAAAGUUGUUUGAAUAGGUUUUAUUGUGUUACGUUAUUCAACAAAAAUCAUUAUUUCCCUGUUAAAUCAAAUUUGUAAUUAAAAUAUACAUUUAAUCUCAUUUAUAGAAUUAUUACAGUUAAUUUUAACUUAAACCCUGAUAUCUUUUAGAUGCAAAAAUAUAACUAGCAAACUCGGUUCUUGGCCUUUUCAGAAGCGACAAAAAAUACUUUCAAAUCAAUAAAAUGUAAAUAAACACAUUUUACUCGUGUUAUAUUAUUCUGUAUACAUCUCCUAAUUCGCUCUCAAAUAGGAAAACAUUUAGGGAAAUGUUUAUAUUUUUCGUACACAUGUGUGAUAUAUAAUAUAUGAACCUGUCGGAAUUAAAGACAGGACUCAUCCUUAUCAGAUCCUCUUUUAAAUGGUUCAUUGUUUCUCUGGCGUUAAAGUACACAGUGAUGUAUAUUUUAGAUUUUUGUUACUCUAGCGUGUACUGAGCACAACAUAAAUUUCAGUGGCAUCGGUAGAGUAUGUAUUGUGUCUAAGUUUGAACAUAUUUCUCCAUAGAGUAAAAUUGUCAUUAUAUAUGUUACUCUGUGAAUAUUUUCUUGUAAUUGUACAUUUAAGGUCUUAUUCUAUGGUAUAGUAAUUAAUUGUAUAAAUUAGUGAUUUAUCAUCAUCUAGAUGUGAUUUCUUUGGCAUUUUCGAUGGACAUGAAAAUUGCCACAACUCUUAUUUUUACGCAUAGUAAUCGGAGUCUGUGGUUACUAUCAUUACUAACAGUAAUCGCGUAACAAUCAUUCAGGAAUUUUAAAAGCUUGAUUUGAUUCAAAAUUUGUUACGCUCCAAUUUCUGACCUUAUAUUCCACUUAAAUCUAGUCCUGUACAACAAUUUGUUGGUUUUGUUCGGUUCCGUAGCUCAAUCAAACUUUAAAAGUUCCUGCGUGUUGUUCGGAAUUACUGGAAACUUAGCUUACAAUAUUAUUAUCGAUUUUACAUUUUUACAUAUUACAGAACUUUUAUGUAAUUUCAAAGUGAGUAGUGUUUGCUAUUCUUAUACAAUGUUACAACUCUGGCAGUCGUAGCCAUGGCACUCAACUUUGACUAAGAAUGAAAAUCUGUACACGGAAUCGUAUUACAUAACGUUGGUUUAACCACCCCUGUACUACGCUAAAAUAUCUCCAUGUUUUGUGAAACAUUAGCUUUUGAAUUGAUAUUAUAGGAUUGUUCUGUAACCAGUGUUAAAUUUACAACAUGCAUAAUUAUAUUGCCACUUGAAUGAUAAUCAAGUGUUGUGAAAUUCAAAAACUGUAGUUUAGUACAGGACUUUGUCAACACAGAGAUAGAAAGUUCAGCAUUUCAACACGGCUGUUUUACCUUCAUCGUACUUGUGUUCUUCAUUCUUUCUUCAACUCUUCUCCCCUCUUCACAGUAUUGUCUUAUCGAGUCUUUACCAUCCUUCUCAGAUCCUGCCUUCCUUUAUCAUUAAUCCCAUUUCAUCCUUAUUUUGUCUUUUAGUGGUUAUUGCUAUUACUUUCUCUCUCUCGCUGCAACUUUUGUUCUUCUUCUCACAACUAUCUUUCCACUUUACUUCUUUCUUUGGUGUUGUGUCAUUUUUCACUCCGGUAUUAUAUUUUUACUCUUACUAACCCUGUAAUACAUUGAUUAAGUUUCCAGUGCAUCUUUCUCAACUGUUUGUUCUAAGCAUUUCAUUCCUUCUAUUUUUGUCAACCCUGUACCCUGUAUAUACCUAAAAUAUUGAAUGAACUUUUCUUUCCUUGUCUGUUCCUUUCACAAAAAUAAUCUUCCUGCAGUAAUGUAUCUUUGUAAUAUUAUUUUUGUCUCACUAAAUGCCAUUGCACCCAUCUUCUCUAACCAUGCUUUCAGUCGUUCUUACAUCUCUUGGCGUAUUCGACUGUGCUUAACAUUGUGUUGACAAUACUGUAGCUCGUAUCAAACGUUGAGUCGGGUGCCAAGGUCUGCCGUCUGCCAGUCACUGUUGAAUAGUAUUCUAAUGUAGACCUCCUGUUACCAGUUGUAAGGGCUACCUGAGGGUGUUACGUGCACUCUGGUUACGCCAAGUCACUCUCGGUUUCAUGUUCAGUAUUAUUAUUAUUAUACAUCAGAAUACAUUGUUGUGCUAUUACCUGUGUUGAAAUCACUUUUUUAUUAAAUAUCAAAUGGAUGCUC